AAACAUUUGGCACCGACGACGCGCAUGCGUGUGGUGGAUUCCGUGAAGGCGCCGAUUGCUAGUAACGGACAGCGGGGCUGCUGAGAUCGGUGUAGCCCGGCGGCAGCGGCUUAAGGCUCUCUCCUCAUUAAUGGACUGAGCGAUCCGCAUCGUAAAGCUUUCUAGACUGCUCAGGUAAGUUUGUUGUGAAGAUGCCUCUACACGGUGAAAUAGUUGUAAUAAAAAGAAAUGGUACAGAUGGAACUCACUUUCCAUUGACGGCAACAUCGUGCUUGUUUGGAAGAAAAACAGAGUGUGACAUCCGCAUUCAGCUGCCACAUGUCUCCAAAGAACACUGUAAAGUUGAAGUCAAGGACAGUGGAGAGGUAUUUGUUACCAACUUAAGCUCAGUGAACCCAACUCGGCUCAACGGAAACGUUGUUAAACGGCCAGUACACCUCAAGCACGGAGAUGUAAUCACAAUUAUCGAUCGCUCAUUCAGAUUUGAAAAAAACCCUGCAAAGCAAGGAAAACGGAGAUCAACAGGGCUUGAUUCUGAAACCUUUAAGGUGUUUGCAAGUAACCAACCUUCAGACAUAAAUGAAACUGUGCGGAUUGAAACUCUAACCAGUAAAACGCAACGCAAAUCUGAAGGAAACCUCACCAAAACUACGCAUUCACGUCGAUCGCUGCAGGUUUCCGCUUCGUCAGAGACCAGAAACGAUCUGUCCCCCUUUGGCGAAUUGUAUGAAAUGCUUAAAAGUAAAGUGGGUGCUCAAAAAGAAAAUGGUAAAACACCCGUGAAAGAUAAAGGAAGCUCUCCAAAAAAUACAGCGCUAAAGAGAAGCCUUCAAAUUCAAGACAAUUCCCAGUCUUCUAUUGAAUCCAAGCGCACUUCUAGACGAAGUCAAUCAAGUGACAGCCCAGUAACACGUCCCAAGGAGGUUGUUAAAUCAAGAUCGGCUUCUACUGGAAGAGUCGGAGAGGCCUCAAAGAGUCCCUCAAGGAGUCCUAAAACUUCCUCUAAGGAGUCUUUAGCAGCUAAAGAGCUUGAACAGACAAGGAGAACUCCUAGCAAACGGGCUUCUCAGUCAGUGCCCGAGGAGCAGGUUAUUCCCAGUGUAAAUGGAAGCGUUGAGAAACUAUCUCCCAGAAGGUCUUCAAGCAAAAAGCAAAGCCAAGUAAUUACUCAGGUACUCUCUACCCCUACUAACACCAAAAUACCUGACUCUUCAACACCUCAGUCUGUCCCUGAACAGCCAGUAUUAAAGAACCAAGGGAGCUCUCCUCGAGGUAAAUCUCCUACUCAAGGAAGAAUAAGUGCAUCCAAAUCGCCAAAAUCCAGUCAAGAUAAACCUUCUGUAACCGAGGCUAAAACAAGUACAGCUGAACCGAGGAAAUCCCCAAGAAAACGAAGAAGCGAUGAGCUUUCCCUUCCAGAUCCGCCACCUAAAAGGAAGAGGGUCUCUUUUGGGGGACAUCUUAGUCCAGAGCUCUUUGAUAAAAGGCUGCCUCCUAACUCUCCCCUUAAAAAAGGUGCCACGCCUGCUCGAAGGAGUCUGUCUCUCAACUCUCCACGUGCUGUUAUGCGCAAAAGCUUUGGCCUUAAUCAUUCUGUUAUAAGGGAGGUCUUUGAAAAAUCUGAAAGAAAGUCUUCAGGGAAAGGUUCCCCAGCCAAGCCAUCUGCUAAAAGUCCAUCACCAGCUAGAAGAUCUGUUUCAGAGACCUCACCAGCUGUAUCUAAGACCAAUGCUGGCUUAACACCUGUGAAAAACUCCCCGCCUAAGAAGUCUCCAGCAAAAACACCAUCCACAACCUCUACUAAGAUGACGCCAGUUAAAAACUCUCCAUCCUCAAAGUCACCAGGCAAAUCUCCUUCCUUAACUCUUAAGAAAACGCCAUUAGUAAAGACUCCGGCCAAGAGGUCCCCAGUGGCCAAGACGCCAUCUCCGGCCAAGAGGUCCCCAGUGGCCAAGACGCCAUCUCCGGCCAAGAGGUCCCCAGUGGCCAAGACGCCAUCUCCGGCCAAGAGGUCCCCAGUGGCCAAGACGCCAUCUCCGGCCAAGAGGUCCCCAGUGGCCAAGACGCCAUCUCCGGCCAGGAGGUCCCCAGUGGCCAGGAGGUCCCCAGUGGCCAGGAGGUCCCCAGUGGCCAAGACGCCAUCUCCGGCCAAGAGGUCCCCAGUGGCCAAGACGCCAUCUCCGGCCAAGAGGUCCCCAGUGGCCAAGACGCCAUCUCCGGCCAAGAGGUCCCCAGUGGCCAAGACGCCAUCUCCGGCCAAGAGGUCCCCAGUGGCCAAGACGCCAUCUCCGGCCAAGAGGUCCCCAGUGGCCAAGACGCCAUCUCCGGCCAAGAGGUCCCCAGUGGCCAAGACGCCAUCUCCGGCCAAGAGGUCCCCAGUGGCCAAGACGCCCCUAGUUAAAAAAUCUCCGUCCUCAAAAUCGCCAGUCAAAUCCCCUUCUGUAACUCCUAAGAAAACGCCUACAGUAAAGACUCCGGCCAAGAGGUCCCCAGUGGCCAAGACGCCGACUCCGGCCAAGAGGUCCCCAGUGGCCAAGACGCCGACUCCGGCCAAGAGGUCCCCAGUGGCCAAGACGCCGACUCCGGCCAAGAGGUCCCCAGUGGCCAAGACGCCGACUCCGGCCAAGAGGUCCCCAGUGGCCAAGACGCCGACUCCGGCCAAGAGGUCCCCAGUGGCCAAGACGCCGACUCCGGCCAAGAGGUCCCCAGUGGCCAAGACGCCGACUCCGGCCAAGAGGUCCCCAGUGGCCAAGACGCCGACUCCGGCCAAGAGGUCCCCAGUGGCCAAGACGCCGACUCCGGCCAAGAGGUCCCCAGUGGCCAAGACGCCGACUCCGGCCAAGAGGUCCCCAGUUAAAAAAUCUCCGUCCUCAAAAUCGCCAGUCAAAUCCCCUUCUGUAACUCCUAAGAAAACGCCUACAGUAAAGACCCCGGCCAAGAGGUCCCCAGUGGCCAAGACGCCGACUCCGGCCACUCCUGUUACUCCAUAUAUUAAGGGUCGAUUCUCUAUUUCGCGUAUAAAUACUCCACCACAGGAACAAGUUCCAAGUAAGCUACCAGCUUUACAGACAAAGAUCUCUCGUAAAUCUCUUUCAAUGAAGAAAACUCCUCGAAGAAGCAGAAAACUUGAAGCUUUUGAACUUAUACGUUCUAGAAGGAGAAGUGGUGCCACAGAAGCCAACUUGCUUGUGUCUAAAUCAUGGGCUGACGUGGUAAAAAUUGGAGUUGCCAAAACCCCAAAGAAGAUUAAUAAACCAGUACAGAAAGUGGUGCCUACGAAAAAGCUAUCAAAACAUAAGACUCCACUGAAAAAAUAUAAGGAUCUGACAAGCACAGGUCAUGCAGACUCUCCUGCCACAAUCCUUGUUGGAAGAGCUCAUACAAGAGUAGUGAAUCUAACUGGACAUGUCCCUAAAGUUGUGAGGAACCGGGCUGUAAAACUUGACACUGACCACAAUGAAAGCUUUUCUGGUGUGGCUGAAUUGUUUAGCACCCCAGCAAAUGCCAAGCAAAGAAAAAGUAAUCGAUUGGAAAGCUCUAAAAUAACCUCGCCAAAUUCUGAGGUCGUGGAGAUGUCGGUGAUGCAGACUCCAGAAGGAUCAGGUGAAAUGGUGGUUUCACCAUUAAACAGUGCUAAUACUACAAAACGUAAGCAAUAUAGCCGGGAUGCUGUGUCGAGGCUUCUGCAGAGUCCUGCCUCCCUAGAAUUGCAGUCUGAAGAGUUGUCAGAAGAAACUCCAAAAUCACAGAAGGGUAAUCGGAAGUCUGUGGGUCUCUCAGGUGUCAAACGCAUUAUGAGAACGCCUAAACAGAAAGGGGCACCGGUUAUUGACCGUCAUGCAUUAGGGAAAAUGUUGAGAACACCAAAAGAAUCUGACUCCCCUCGGGCUUCUACUCGGCGAUCUGCUAACCUUGAGGUGCUUGGCAUUGACAGGCUUGUGAAAAGGCCCAAGCAAAAGGGGUUGCCUGUGGAAGAUUUCACUGGUAUUCAAAGAAUCGUGAAGACCCCUAAAGAGACAGUGCAGCCUGUGGAAGAUUUUGCUGGUGUCAAACGUGUCAUGAGAACACCGAAGGAAAAAGUACAACCAGUGGAAGAUAUGAUUGGAAUAAAGCGACUAAUGGCAACACCUAAGGAGAAAUCGCAGCCAGUGGAGGAUAUGGUUGGAAUAAAACGCUUAAUGAGGACACCUAAAGUCUGUGGUCAGCCAGUGGAGGACAUAAUCGGAAUAAAGCGCAUAAUGAAAACCCCUAAAGAACGGGGACAGCCAGUUGAGGACAUCGCAUUAAAUCAUUUAAUGAAUACUCCAGUUGAAAAUGUUCAGUCAACUGAAAGUGCCCGUCCGAUAGAAGAAAUAUUUGGAAUAAGAAACUUGAUAAAAACACCACCAAAGUCGAAGGCCAGAGAGGAUAUAACAACUGUUCCCAGCAGCCGCUCUGCACAAUCAUUAGGAAACACUUCUGUGCGUCGAGGAAGACUUGCAAAACGUUUGAGCCUUCUGGAUGACACUGCUUCAGGUAAUGAAGCCCAUAAAAUUGUGCAGUCGCAGAUCGAGCAAGAGCCUGUUAUACAGAGCAGCCAAGCUGUUAAAUCUACACAAAAGAGAGGGCGAUUUUCCAAGAGCCAAAUUUCUUCCUCAGAAUUGCCUAAGGAGCAUGUUGCAUCUGAUGCUGAUAUGACUUCCCAAAGACGUAGAGGAAGACCAAGCUCCUCUGCUGUAGCCCCUAAAGAAUCGCUAUCAUCUGAUGCUGAGGUGACUUCCCCAAGUCGUAGAGGAAGACAAAGCUCCUCUGCUGUAGCCCCUAAAGAAUCCCUAUCCGAUGCUGAGGUGACUUCCCCAAGUCGUAGAGGAAGACAAAGCUCCUCUGCUGUAGCCCCUAAAGAAUCCCUAUCCGAUGCUGAGGUGACUUCCCCAAGUCGUAGAGGAAGACAAAGCUCCUCUGCUGUAACCCCUAAAGAAUCGCUAUCAUCUGAUGCUGAGGUGACUUCCCCAAGUCGUAGAGGAAGACAAAGCUCCUCUGCUGUAACCCCUAAAGAAUCACGAUCAUCUGAUCAUGAGGUGACUUCCCCAAGUCGUAGAGGAAGACAAAGCGCCUCUGCUGUAGCCCCUAAAGAAUCGCUAUCAUCUGAUCCUGAGGUGACUUCCCCAAGUCGUAGAGGAAGACAAAGCUCCUCUGCUGUAGCCCCUAAAGAAUCCCUAUCCGAUGCUGAGGUGACUUCCCCAAGUCGUAGAGGAAGACAAAGCUCCUCUGCUGUAACCCCUAAAGAAUCGCUAUCAUCUGAUGCUGAGGUGACUUCCCCAAGUCGUAGAGGAAGACAAAGCUCCUCUGCUGUAGCCCCUAAAGAAUCCCUAUCCGAUGCUGAGGUGACUUCCCCAAGUCGUAGAGGAAGACAAAGCUCCUCUGCUGUAGCCCCUAAAGAAUCCCUAUCUGCUGAGGUGACUUCCCCAAGUCGUAGAGGAAGACAAAGCUCCUCUGCUGUAACCCCUAAAGAAUCGCUAUCAUCUGAUGCUGAGGUGACUUCCCCAAGUCGUAGAGGAAGACAAAGCUCCUCUGCUGUAGCCCCUAAAGAAUCCCUAUCCGAUGCUGAGGUGACUUCCCCAAGUCGUAGAGGAAGACAAAGCUCCUCUGCUGUAGCCCCUAAAGAAUCCCUAUCCGAUGCUGAGGUGACUUCCCCAAGUCGUAGAGGAAGACAAAGCGCCUCUGCUGUAGCCCCUAAAGAAUCGCUAUCAUCUGAUCCUGAGGUGACUUCCCCAAGUCGUAGAGGAAGACAAAGCUCCUCUGCUGUAGCCCCUAAAGAAUCGCUAUCAUCUGAUCCUGAGGUGACUUCCCCAAGUCGUAGAGGAAGACAAAGCUCCUCUGCUGUAGCCCCUAAAGAAUCCCUAUCUGCUGAGGUGACUUCCCCAAGUCGUAGAGGAAGACAAAGCUCCUCUGCUGUAGCCCCUAAAGAAUCCCUAUCUGCUGAGGUGACUUCCCCAAGUCGUAGAGGAAGACAAAGCUCCUCUGCUGUAACCCCUAAAGAAUCGCUAUCAUCUGAUGCUGAGGUGACUUCCCCAAGUCGUAGAGGAAGACAAAGCUCCUCUGCUGUAGCCCCUAAAGAAUCCCUAUCCGAUGCUGAGGUGACUUCCCCAAGUCGUAGAGGAAGACAAAGCUCCUCUGCUGUAGCCCCUAAAGAAUCCCUAUCCGAUGCUGAGGUGACUUCCCCAAGUCGUAGAGGAAGACAAAGCUCCUCUGCUGUAGCCCCUAAAGAAUCCCUAUCCGAUGCUGAGGUGACUUCCCCAAGUCGUAGAGGAAGACAAAGCUCCUCUGCUGUAGCCCCUAAAGAAUCCCUAUCCGAUGCUGAGGUGACUUCCCCAAGUCGUAGAGGAAGACAAAGCUCCUCUGCUGUAACCCCUAAAGAAUCACGAUCAUCUGAUCAUGAGGUGACUUCCCCAAGUCGUAGAGGAAGACAAAGCGCCUCUGCUGUAGCCCCUAAAGAAUCGCUAUCAUCUGAUCCUGAGGUGACUUCCCCAAGUCGUAGAGGAAGACAAAGCGCCUCUGCUGUAGCCCCUAAAGAAUCGCUAUCAUCUGAUCCUGAGGUGACUUCCCCAAGUCGUAGAGGAAGACAAAGCUCCUCUGCUGUAGCCCCUAAAGAAUCCCUAUCUGCUGAGGUGACUUCCCCAAGUCGUAGAGGAAGACAAAGCGCCUCUGCUGGAGCCCCUAAAGAAUCACUAUCAUCUGAUGCUGAGGUGACUUCAACUCAUCGUGGAAGACCUAAAGCUCUCCCAGAAAACCCUAAGGAAACUGUUCCCAUUGCUGAUGACAAGGUGGUUUCUCCAACUCGUAAAGGAAGACUAAGUACCACUGCUGAAGCACAUAAGGAGUCUUUGCUCAGUGAAGCAACAUCCCCAAAACGUAGAGGAAGAACGAGCACCUCUUCAGUUACCAAUGAAUCAGUUCUGUUGAAUUCCCCAGUAUCUAAGGAAAGACCUAGCACCACCACUGAAGUGCUCAAGGAAUCUCUUCCUGUUUCUGAAGUUACUUCAUCAGCUCGCCGCGGAAGACCCCAAAAAAGCGUAGCACCAGUACUGGAGGUGUCUGUUCCUAUUGCACAGACUAAGUUGGCAUCCCCAGCACGUAAAAAGAAACCCAGCAUCCUACCAGAAAUCUCCAAGGAGUCUGUUGCUGAUUCUGCCAGAGAUGUUACAUCUCCUAAUCAUAGUGAAAUUGCCAAGGAUCCCACUGAAGGCAAGACAGUAUUACAGACACGCAGGGGAAGACAAAAGUCCAAGGUAGAUUUGUCCCAGAAGCCUUCAGCUCCCGAGGUUCAAGUGACUCGUGGAAGUAGGUCUAAAGUCGCUGCUGAAUUAUCGGUUUCAGUGUCAGAUGAGUUGCCAACUACCCAGACACGCGGAUUAAGACAAAAAGCCACAGGACAAGCUGCUAAAGUGUCUGCUUCCACCCCUAAGGUUAAUGUAAGUUUGCCAACACGCGGAAGCAGGUCUAAAGGACUUGUGGAGGCACCAGAGGAUUCCAUACCGGUCUCGAAUGACAAGCCUGUUAUUCAGAAAGGAAGAGGCAAGACAAAAGUUACAGACAGUACACAGGAGUCUGUUUCAAUUGAUAGUGAGGCAACUGCACCAACACGUGGACGUCAGUCUAAGGUUACAACAGAGGAAUCUGGUCCAGCUGUAGAAGAAGUAACUUCACAGAGGCGCAGAGGAAGGCUUAGAAGGGUAGACAAGCUUGAAGAAUCUACAGGUUCUGAAGAUGUGGCUUCAUCUGUGGAGGAAGUGAGUGCUAAAGGCACAGAAGGUAUUUCUGAUAAAGUUACCUCGCCCACACGCAAGGGUAGAUCUAGGAACACAGAAUUGCCCAAGGCGACAGCACCGAUUACUGAUGAGGCUACAUCAACUAAACGAAGGAGGCAACCUGAGACUACUGAAGGAGAGUCUGACUCGUCACAAAGACUGUCUCUAGAUGCAAAUGAAAAGACUUCCAAAUCAACUAAGAAAGCUGUUCGUCAGAAUGUCAGGUCAGCAAAGCAGAUUGCAGAUGAACACCUACAAACACCAGAACCUCAAGAGUCCAUAGCUCCAGUUGCAGAAAAGAAAACCCAGCUACCUCCCUCAAGAGGAAGAAGAAAAGCAGUGCAAACUGAACCAGUACCUUCUGGAGGAGAUCCUAAUUCAAGUUUGAAGAAUGAACAACCUGAAGCGUUACCUGUUCAAACGUCCCCUUUACCCCGAAGAGGUGGAAGACGUAAGAACGCAGAAGAACUUUCCAGUAUUGAGCCUGAUGUUGCUAAACCAAAGACAUCCAAACAGGAAACCAGAAGCAGGGGCCAAUCCAAGUCCAAGAGUUUAACAGAGAUUAUGGUAGGAGAUUUAGCCGCUUCAAAAGAGCCAGUUAAGAGCCCAGAGCCCAAAUCCCCCAAAAGAACAGCUAGGCAAACAAAGGACUUGGUGACUGAACCUCCAGCUGAAAGCAAGCCUAAGAGUUUGCGUGGACGACCAAACAAAAGCAGAGAUCUCUCUCCUGAGGCAACAAGUUUGGCCAGUUCUGAAACAGUGGUAUCUAAAAUUGAGGUCUCUCAGAAGGCAUUACCAGCAAGGGGAAGACCUAGAACUACAAGAGACAUUGGCAAUGUAUCUGUUUCUGAUGCUGAUGAACAGACAAAGGAAUCUAGCGCUAAACAGCAAAGAGGUUCAAGAAGAAAUCAGCGUUUGCAGAAGGAGUCCAGUGCAAGUCAUGAAGAUCAGACUAAACCUGCUGCUUCAGAGGAUACAGAACCUAAAAGAAGGGGGACACGGGGUAAAAUAUUAGACACUGAUGAGCCUCAGUCAGCCCCUGAAGUAAAGGGUAGAAAGAAUGCAAGAGGUAAAACUGUACAAAAUACGGAUGCACAGACUGUUGCUAAAUCGCAGGCAAAAUCUGUACAAUGGCACCCUCUGCUGGCCACUGACAUUCAAAACACAGAAGCAUCUUCUCAGGAGUCCAAUGAAAUGUCUACAAGAGGUGGUAGAUCUAAGGUAAAGGCUAGACCUAAAGCAUCAGAGCUGCAACUUCCUGUUAAGAGAUCUCGUAGAGGAAACAAUCAAGCAGAAGCUGAGGAGAUUCCAGCAUCAACCAGCCCUGAAUCUCUAACAGUGUCAGAUGUUGCGCCUCCUAAAAGAGGCAGAAAGGCAGUCGUGCAUGCGAAAGAUACAGAUGAAAAAUUAGCAAACAAGUCCACGAAUUCUGCAGAAGUUGUUCACACAAGUCCACAACGAAGCCGACGAGGAGCGUCUUCUAAGGUAGUAGAUAGUGAAAAUAAUGAAGUUAAUUAUGUUGAACCGUCCACUUCAAGAAGGCAGAGAGGAGCAAUGGCUAGUAAGACACCCCCAGAAAAUGAAAGUACCCAAUCCCCUGUUAAAUCAAAAAGGGGAGGCUCAGGUAAAGAUAAAGCUGAUGAAAGUUCGACAAAGUCUACAAGGGGAGUGAAAAGGAAACUGCCGAACAGUGAAGCAAAAAGUGCACCUCUUGAUGAAUCUGAAACUCCUUCUCAAGCAAGCGAGUCCAUCCUAGUGGAAACAGAAAAUAUUCCUGCUGGUCGUGGUAGGAAAAAUCAAAGAAAUACCAAAACACAGAAAGAAGUUAAAGAGGCACAGCCAGAAAAGCAAUCGGUGACCUCUGAAUCGCCUGCAAAGAAAAGAAAAACUGAGGAAGCUCCCACAAAAAGAAGCUCAAGACAACAGACGUCUAAACUUGAGAAUGAGAAGCCGUCCGCAGCAACAAAAACCCGAACAAGCACACGGAGCAGGAAAUAGCAAAGAUAGCCGUCCGUCCGCCUCCUCCUUGUAAAUUAAAUUAUAACAUUUUCGAACGGAUCACUAAAAAAAAAAGUUCUUAAAGUGGUUUAAGAGAAUUCUAGAUGUUUUAAUUCCCUAGCACUGCUUAAUCGUUUUCAAUGGAAUUGUACAUUUUUAUAUUCAAAAUUUUUUUAAUCUUAUUUUUGUCAUAAAAAGUUUAAGCUUUACAUUUUAUGCAGAUGACUGGAUGAAAGGGAAUGAAUGCUUUGUGGCUGUGUCUGAAAUUCAAUUUAACAUUUGUUUUUUGUUUUUUUUUUAUGCCGUACUCGUGUUAGAUUCCUGUACAUGUUGAGUACACAGAAUUUGCUGGUCUUUUUAUAUAUUGCUUUUGCUGUGGUUCAUAAUAAAAUAUUGGAAUGAUUUUUUUAUUUUUUUUUGAACUAACAUGUUACAUUUGUAAUUUGCCUUGCUGAAUGUGAUGCAAAGAUUGUAAUCAAAUCAUUCCAGUUUGUGGCUUCCUGUAAUUAUGCCAUACACACUGUCUUAAGUCAGUUUUAACCACACAUAUUUAAGUUUUUGUAUUUUUUAAUAUGGGGGAAUUAAUAUAUGUAAUAUAUCUAGACAUGUCUGGGGUUUUCUGGGAUUAAUCAGAUAGCACUGCCCUUAUCAAUAGACCAUGUCGGGUGUUGCGCCUCAUUCCUAUUAAAGAGGAUGAAGCCAAACUGCAAUACUAGACAUGGCCUAUAGAUAAGUGCCUUUUUGUUUCUGCAAAACGUUCUUUCCCAGAAAACCCCUUUUAUUCUGUACUUUGUGGCUAAUGUGAUUUCUGUGAGUUCUUAUUUUUCAAAUAUUUCAUUAGCUCCAGUGACAGCCCAGGAAUUGUGAAUGAGCAUGAAGAGGCCUGUUUUCAUGGGAAUGUAGCGUAGGAUCUUUUGCGUCCUGUAAUGCCUUUGAUACCAUGAGGAGGCCUUCACAACAAAUGCUCAACUGGU